UGGAGUAUCUAAUCGUCAAUUGUUAACAGAGUCUUUAGGGAAGGAGGAAACAAGCCAUUGCCAGAUGACACAUACGCAAUGAUACAAUUCUGAAGCCAAUGGACCCAAACCACCUGUCUAGGAAGUCAGCACCAAACCCCUAAGUCGGCCUUAUUCAAAUUUGAUAUGCCACUCACUAUUCCAAGCCAACCGAAGUGCCACCCACUGGAAACCAAUAAAAAAAUUAGACCCAGAAGAAUCUCGUCUUGUUUGUUAUUCAAGUUUUUCCAUUAUCUUACUCUUGUGGCUCUUCAUCACAAGACACACCACAAAGAAACCCCUUUUCUUCCAAAGCUCUGAAACCCCUACCUUGAAGGUAAGAAAACCUACCUCAAACCACAAUCUUUUGAUCCAUGUUUCUUGAUUUUCUUUGAAGAUGGUACAAAGAAAGGUACCCAGCGAGCUUGGAAUCCAAGCUGAUCAUGUUAAAUCCGAGAAGCGGUUGGGGAACCUCAAACCAUCUUCUUGUCAGCACCAGGAUGGCAAGAACAGAGGACCAGAUAUGAAAAAGAAAAUGAAACGGUCAAGAUCAAUCAAGCUUUCUGAUAUUGAGAGCUUGAAAUCAUCGCCUUUGAGGAACACCGUAUCCGAGCAUGGAAAGCCGCCCCCUCUCAGUACCCCGGCCGCUACAACAACCCCACAGAAGCAGCCUAUGAUCAAGACAAGUGGUGGGUCGCCGAAUUAUAUGAAGGCCACCAGCAGCUCAGAGGCAAGGAAGGAGCGUUCUCAUAUAAGUUCCUUGAAUACUCCGACCAGUUCGGACAGUAAGAACCUGCGAACAAGAAACUCAAGUAACUCGAAACUUAGCUCUGCUUCUAGUGAUAAACCAACAAGGAGUUUAACUAGGACAUCUAGUUUGAAGCUGGUGAGGACUUUAACAAAGACUCCCAGUUUUAAGCCAGCCAGAAGUGCCACGAAAAAAUGUUCCAGGGUAGCUCUAUGUGCAGAUAUGGAUGUACAGACAGCCACCUGUUCUUCAACUCUAAAGGAUUCAAAGUUUCCUGCUUAUCUCAUGCUCAACCCUGGGGGUACUGAAGCAGAAGGAACUUCAGUCCUGAAGGUUUGUCCGUACACGUACUGCUCUCUGAAUGGUCAUCAUCACGCUCCUUUGCCUCCCUUGAAGUGUUUCUUGAAGGCAAAAAGGCGUUCAGUGAAGGCCCAGAGGAGCGUAAAACUGGAGGUGCCAUCCCCAUGUAAAGUCGAGCCAUCUGUCGAUGGAACAGAAGAAAUUAGCAGUGAACUACUGAUUUUCUCUACUGAAAAACAUCUACAGCAUGAAGAAACGGGCAUGGAUUUCUAUAUUGAAAUCUAUGCCAAAACUGCAGCUGAUGGCGCUGAAGCAACUGAAAAGCACACAGAGGAUGACGAAGGAACACGUGAUUUUGCUGGUGAACACAAAAAAGAAGAAAAUAAGUCCUCUAUUUAUGGUGGCAUAGAAGUGGCACAUGAACAAGACAACAGGAAGCAAGGUGCAGAGAAGGUGGCUGAUGCAUCGUCAUACUUGGAGAUCAGUUAUGCCAGCACGGAGGAAGAUGACAACAUUUCUGAAGCUAGUGAUAUGGACUGGGAGGAAGGACAAUUUUUAACCUCAGAGAUUCACACAGAAGCUGAUUACUCACACAAGCCUGAGAAAGAAUAUUGUAUCAAUGUUGAGUAUCUAUCAAAAAUCAAGCAGCUUGAUUUGCCUGACGGACUUCAGAACAUCGCAUCAGAUGACAUGAUUAGCAACUGCACUGAGGAGAUUCUAGUUGAUGAGGUACUGCAAGAACUCUUUGAAGAAGAAACUGCCUCGUUUGACACACAAAGCAGAGACUGUGAUUCUGAAAUGGAAGACAUGCUGCAAGAACUUUCUGAAAAAGAAAAGAGCCAGACAGAUGGUGAUUCAACUCGUGACCAACCCUCUUCCAUCGAAGAUGCAUUUGAGGACCCAACAACUGUUGAAGAGAAUAGAGAAGAAGCUGAGGGAGAUUUGACUGGUGAUGCAAAUGCUUCAACUUCAAUGGGGGAGCCAACUACGGAAUCAGCUGUAGCCAACAUCGAAUCAUCAAAUAUAAUCCAAAUUUCUGAUGCAUCUCUUGGUUCCUCUGAAGUCGAUCAAGACGAUGUUGAGGUAAAUGACAAACAAAACCACAUAAUUGGAGAAGCUUUCCUGUCAGACAACCUUGCAGGAGACACUAAUUCAAUUCAAGAGCUUGUUACUGAAAUUGAACCUGCUAAGCAUUGCGAUCACCUAUUAGAUAGCCACCAUGAGAGCAUUAAUAUUGAUGAGAAUCAGAAAUUAUCGGAGGAAGAUCAAGAUGUAGUUAACAAGUUCAGAAUCCCAACUUCAACAGAUUCUGAGGAGCAGUAUAAUUCAAGGAUCUCUAAAAUCAGUACAGCUGAAAAUGAUACAGGAGAAGUUGAAAAGAUGGAAGGAGAAGCUUGCACUGAGCCCGAUACAGCCGAAACAGUCCUUGCAGCCAAUAAUGAAAUGAGAUCGCGACUGGGAAGCAGAUACCUUCGCGAAGGAAGAAAUUCCAGUGAAGAACUUGCCAGUAUCUGCAACAGGAAAUGGACAAUCCAAUGCAAAAAACCCACCAUUAACUCGGAGGAAGAGAGGAACUUCAACCCAAGAGAACCAAAUUUUCUUCCUGUUGUUCCUGAUCCAGAGGCAGAAAAGGUCAAUCUCAAGCAUCAGAACAUGGACGACAAGAAAAAUUCUGAGGAAUGGAUGCUUGAUUAUGCACUCCAACAAGCUGUCACCAAACUUGCCCCGGCUAGGAAGAGGAAGGUGGCAUUACUUGUUGAAGCUUUUGAAGCAGUCUUGCCAGUACCCAAAUAUGAAACUCAUUUCAGGAAUACAUCAGCAGCGUUUACUCAUACAAGACCUAUGCAAGCCUGUAGCUGACCUAGAGGUGGACGAUGAAUGCAAAGCUGCUUAGGUCCAUUCUAUGUAUGAUAGGUUGAAUUAAGAAGUACUGUCAUAACUAGCCAGAUGCUCAUGUUUUAGGAGUAAACUACAAAGUCAAUAGAGCAACUAACUUGUUGUUCAGCUAACACUAAGAAGAACUGAGGCCAACAUUUGAUAGUGUGGUGGCUGAAUGGAGAUUGAAGUGCAGAUGCAGUUGAUGAUUUCCCCUAAGCUCAGCAGGUGAAGUUUGAGGGAAAGACUUUCUACCUAAAUAAUUUAAUCUGUAAUAGCAGUUUCAAAUGUGGUGUUUGAGUUCGUUAGCGGUUGUAGGAGGGAGUCCCACCUCCGAAUGUUGUUAAUUGUUGUACCCAUUACAUGUCUAAUCUUAUGUGGUUUAAGUUAUUAUAA